AUGCCAGCGAAGAUGGAUUCAUCCAUGACCCUGAUCGAUGCCCAGGUUAAUUUCCUUGAUGAGAACCUUGUAUUGGUGCAUAUCCCAUUGGACCUGUACCCGUACUUCCUGAAGGCAGUACUAAGACUGCUCUUCGAUGAGAUCCCUCCACUAGAAGAAGAGGGACCCGAGGACGAAGAUGUGGUCCUCGAUGAUAUAGAACCUGAAUUUGGCAGGAAAUCGAACGAUCAGCCUGCGUUCCUGAAUAUCUCCAUUACACCCGUGGAGGUCUCUGUGAUCUGCCCACGGCGACUUGUCGACAAGUACUUCACGCCUCUAAUGAACCAACUGGAUCUGGUCAACGCCUCGCUGCGAUCUCGUGUAGAGGUCAGUGAGAACGAUUAUAUCGCCAUGCAGGUCCUUGGACAGGGCCUGGAGGCAGGCAAGCGUGUCUUGGAGCUGACUAGCCCGCUCGCCAUGGCUGGAAUCUCCAUCUUCUUCAUCUCCACCUAUUUCUCAGACUAUAUAAUCGUCCCCCUCCACAGCAAGACAAGCGUGAUGUCUGCCCUCGAAAGCCGCGGCUUCCAAUUUGACAAUGCAACGGACACAUUCGUCACCAGCCCACUUGGCUCACCCUCAUUACACCCAGAAAGACGACUGAGCAACGCCACUCCCCUGGCAACACCGCCACCAUCUACAUUAGCGGAGCUCCAAACCCGCACAUUCGACAGCCUGCGCAAGCGCCAAAUCUCGCCCUACGUCGACGACUCACUCCGUCUCGUGCAAUGCGCAGCGCAUCACCAGUACAACCGCGAGGAAGAAAGCUCAAUGUCCAUCCUCCGCGAUGCCCUAACAACCGUUCUUCUCGUCGAUGAGCCGCGCUUCCUCUCUCUCACCCUCCCAUCUCUGGACCCAGCCGCGUCACUCCUCCUUGAAAAGCGUCUUCUGCCUCGCUUUGCGAGACUCUCCAGUUCCCACAAGGACUACGAGGACGGAUCUGGUCUUCUCCUAGGCUCGAAAGAGGACUACCUUAUUCCCAUCAUGCUCGAUCUCAGAGACCUUCCUCUCGAGGCGACGGGUAUCGUCUGCGGUGUGGCGGGUCGUCUCGCUCAGGCGACCCAUACUCUCGGAGGAGGGCACGAAACCAAUGGCAACGAUAAUAGCCAUAGCAGUAAUGAUAGCGGCAACGUCAAUAUCGUUGGAAGCCACGGGAGCAGUGUUCUGGGCUCUGUGCCUGCACUCUUCGACACGAUCGGAACCCGGUUGGGUACGUCCGGCAAGAAACAUACCCUCACUCCCUUACCACCAACGAUACACCACCAUCUCAAGCCAGACAUCGAUGCCGCAGCGGAUGCAGUGGAGAUCAGCUUUCUGAGCACGGCGCGCGCGGGAACGAUCAUUGUUGGGGAGGAUGAACUUCGUCGGGCGAUCGAUGCCCUUGAGGCGGAGAAGGGAUCUGAAACUGGUUUGGAAGAUGCGCCGAUGCAACUGGAGAAUCCUGCUGAUACGGAGGUUGAGGGCGUAUAG